GUUUUGUGGCCCUCGAAGAUGAAAGAACAUACCGACAAAAAUACAAAAUAAAAAGAAAAUAAUAAAGGAGGAAACCUCAUGUUAGCAUCUCUGUUGAGGAAAUAAACAAGACCAUCAAUUGUUUGUACAAUCGAAAACGACAGUUGAGCUUCACCGACCCAACUUCCCCUACAACACCCCAUUUUGGAAGGUGGGUUCUUGGAAAUUUUAGCAAAUGGCAACGGGAAAUGGCAUUUUAACAACUACAAAGGGACAAGAAGAACAAAAUAUAUUAAUCUCUGAAAGGGAAAUUUUCGACUUAUGUGGACCUACGCACCUAACUUCUAUUGACUGGGAAAAUGUUGCUCAUCGACGAUCCGUGGCUGCCAGUUUGGUUCAGGGUGUCUACAUCCUAGAACGUGACAAGCAAGAAAAGCGGCAAGGAAAUCAAGCUUUUGCUCCUCCAUGGUGGAAACAUUUCCAAUUUGAGUUAUAUCGCGUGCUUGUUGAUGAUGUUGAUUCCUGCAUUUUUGGUGCUAUAUAUAGAUUCACACCCUCAAAAUCUUCUUUUGAUGGUUCCAAAGAUAAAAGCCAACGGUUUGUUAUUGCUUUCCGUGGGACAUUAACCAAAGGUGAUGCAUUUACACGAGAUAUACAAUUGGAUGUCGACAUAAUCAGGAAUGGACUUCAUCGGACAUCUCGAUUUGAGACAGCCAUUCAAGCUGUUCGACAUGUGGUUGCCACAUUUGGAAGUUCAAAUAUCUGGCUAGCCGGUCAUUCCUUGGGGGCUGCAAUGGCAAUGCAAGCUGGAAAAACCACGGCAAAGACAGGUGUAUAUCUAGAUGCAUUUUUGUUUAAUCCGCCAUUCUUGUCAGCCCCAAUUGAAAGAAUUAAAGAUAAAAAAGUGAAACAUGGGAUCAGAUUUGCGACCAGUGUUAUAACAGCCGGACUUGCUUUCGCUGCGAAGGCUAAAAACGCUAAUACUCGAUCUGGAGAAGAUACAUUUGUUGCAUUAUCUGCGUGGACCCCAUGCCUAUACGUGAAUCCAUCGGAUCCCAUCUGCGCAGAAUACAUUGGCUACUUUGAACACAGGGAAAAGAUGGAUACGAUGGGAGCAGGAGUUAUCGAGAAGAUAGCGACCCAACACUCGCUCGGUGGUCUUGUCUUGAAUUUCAUGGGCAAAGAGUGUGAUGAGCCAUUGCACCUUAUUCCAUCAGCCAAUUUAACGGUUAAUUUGACUCCUCCGGCAGACUUCAAAGAUGCUCACGGGAUCCACCAAUGGUGGAAACCUGAUUUACUUGUAGAGUCCAAGAAACACCAGUUUACAUGAAUGAUGAUAUAAAACAAAUACCUCUACACGCGACAGAUGGUAUGCUUGUCUUAUUUGUUCCCCUGCUCAGGUAUACUUAAUGGUUAUCAGGCACAUUACAUUUUGCUCUUGGCUUAAUGGCCGUGUCUUCUACUGGUGCUAAAAUUGAAAUAGUGCAUAUACUACUCAUUGUGUGUGUGUUUCUUUAGAAAUUAUAUCCUUCCCUUUCCAAGUCAUUGUGUGUAUGGAUAAUGAUAUUAUUUUCCCUAUGGAAGUACCCCUUGUGAGAUUA